CCCCCGGCCCCCCGCCCUUGUGCGCCCUUUAGCCAGGCGCCCAUCUUGAUGAGCCUGCGCCCCUGAGGCCCUCCUUGAUCCAAGGAUGACACACCCUGCGUCUCUCUUCUCCCCCUCCCCCUCCCCCUCCCCCUUCCCGUUUUCGCAGACACACCCACUCGCGCGCCGCCUGCCGCCCCUCGCGCCAUAAUGUCGUCCGCCAUGUCGUCGGCCAUGUCGUCGGCCCCCUCGUCCCUCCGCUCCAAUGUGCUCACCCUGAUCAAGCCCACCCUCUUUGUGGCUAUCUCGGCUGCCCUCUUCGCCUCGUCCAUGUACAACGUCGAGGCCGGUCAUCGCGCCGUCAUUUUCGACCGUAUUCGCGGUGUUCUGCCUGAUGUCUCCGAUGAGGGCACCCAUUUCCUGAUCCCCUGGCUCCAGCGCCCCAUCUACUUCGAUGUCCGCACCCGCCCCCGCCGUAUUGAGGCCGCCACCGGUUCCAACGAUAUGCAGACGGUCCGUGUCACCCUGCGUAUCCUCCACCGCCCGAUCAUCGACAGCCUGCCCAACCUGUACAAGGAGUACGGCACCGACUACGACGAUCGUAUUCUGCCCUCCAUCGGUAACGAGGUCCUCAAGGCCGUCAUCGCCCAGUUCGAGGCCACCGACCUCAUCACUCGUCGUGAGACCGUCUCCAAGACCAUUCGUGACAUGAUUGUCGACCGUGCUCGCAACUUCCACAUUGCCUUCGAUGAUAUCUCUCUGGUCGACCUCACUUUCAGCAAGGAGUUCACCAACUCCGUCGAGGCUAAGCAGAUCGCCCAGCAGGAGGCCGAGCGCGCCAAGUACCUCGUCGAGAAGACCGACAAGGAGCGCGAGGCUAACCUCAUCCGCGCCGAGGGUGAGUCCAAGGCCGCCGAGCUCAUUUCCAACGCCAUCAACGAGCAUGGUACCGGUCUCAUUGAGCUCCGCCGUAUUGAGGCCUCCCGUGAGAUUGCCACCACCCUGGCCACCUCUCGCAAUGUCACCUACCUCCCGGGUGGCGGCAACGGCAGCGGCGGCGAUGGCCCCAACCUCCUGCUUAACGUCAAGUAAAGCCGGUCACGCCUGUGCCCCUUGAGAACGCCCUUCCGCCUGCGGGAGGGUGAGAGCAGGGGGGGUGCAUGAUGCGCACCAUCCCACCUUCCUCGCAUAUGAGAGGUGGGGGAGCCACCGCUCCGGGUGUCAGUGUAAGGAGCACACGCGUGCCUCGCCACACACACACACACACAUCCCCUUUAGAUCCCUCCCCCUCCCCCCCCCCGUCCUUCCCACUGGACGUGAAGAAAGUGACAGGGAGGAACACACAUGCCCCUCCCCUCCCGCUCCCCAGCCGGGCGUCCCCCCCCCCCCCCAC